CAGUGGGGUUAAGGGUACUUAUAAAAAGGGGAGUGGUGUAGCUUCUCUUUCUCAUCUUAGUGUUUCAGUGAAGACGAAGCAUUGAGAGAGACUUCCUGCAAGCUUCAAGAUCAAACCUUCUUAAUAUAAGAUUGUUGAGAUUUAAGGGAAACAUCAUGGACGAGAAUGGUAGCUCAAGUAAUGAACCAAAGAACAACAACAGAAACCUGCCUGUCUCAGUUUUCUUCAAAGAUGCAAGACAUGUUUUCAAGAUGGACUCCAUUGCCAAGGAGAUACUUGGGAUUGCAUUCCCUUCUGCACUUGCUGUUGCUGCUGAUCCUAUUGCUUCUCUCAUAGACACAGCAUUCAUUGGCCACUUGGGUCCCGUGGAGCUUGCUGCAGCAGGAGUGUCCAUCGCUUUGUUUAACCAAGCUUCAAGAAUUACCAUCUUCCCUUUGGUUAGCAUCACAACUUCCUUUGUGGCUGAGGAAAAUACCAUCGAAAAAAUCAACAAAGAAAAGAAUUUGACUGAAAACAUUAAGGCCAAGUCCAAGGAGGUAAGGCCGGAGGAUCAGUUGAUUCAAGAUAUAGAGAAAGGAGCAUCCAAGGAACACAAUGAGACUCCAACAGAAUCUUCAUCUUCAACAAGUGAGAAUGUGGAAAUGGAUGACUGCAAUACUAGUGUAAGCAAAUCUACCUCUGCUGGAAGUAGUAGUAACAAGAGUGUGUCAAAACCUGGAAGGAAGAAGCGACACGUUGCUUCUGCAUCAACAGCGCUACUUUUUGGCACAAUCCUUGGCCUUCUUCAAGCAGCAACCCUUGUAUUUGCAGCCAAACCUCUAUUAGCUGCAAUGGGUCUGAAACCUGAUUCUCCUAUGCUAAAUCCAGCUGUUAAAUACUUGAGAUUGAGAGCUUUAGGUGCUCCUGCAGUUCUUCUCUCCUUGGCCAUGCAAGGAAUCUUUCGAGGAUUCAAGGACACUACAACUCCUUUAUAUGUUAUUGUCUCGGGGUAUGCAUUGAAUGUGGCUUUGGAUCCAAUUCUUAUCUUCUACUGCAAACUGGGCAUCAAAGGUGCAGCCAUUUCACAUGUGCUCUCUCAGUAUGUGAUGGCAUUCGCCCUCUUGUUGAUAUUAACUAGAAAAGUGGAUCUUGUACCUCCAAGCAUCAAGGACUUGCAGAUAUUCAGGUUUCUUAAAAAUGGAGGUCUUCUGUUGGCAAGAGUUGUGGCUGUGACAUUCUGCCAAACCCUUGCAGCGUCAUUGGCAGCAAGAUUUGGCCCAAUUCCUAUGGCUGCUUUCCAAACCUGCUUGCAGGUGUGGCUGACAUCUUCCCUUCUUGCUGAUGGUUUAGCUGUUGCUGUACAGGCAAUUCUAGCUUGUUCCUUUGCUGAGAAAGAUUAUGAAAAGGUGAUUGCUGCUGCAACAAGAACGCUUCAGAUGAGUUUUGUUUUAGGAGUUGGACUUUCUCUUGCAGUUGGAGUUGGUUUAUACUUUGGAGCUGGAAUCUUCUCCAAAAGUGUUCUUGUUGUGCACUUAAUCAGAAUAGGACUCCCGUUUGUAGCUGCAACACAACCAAUCAACUCAUUAGCCUUUGUGUUUGAUGGUGUGAACUAUGGAGCUUCUGAUUUUGCAUAUUCUGCAUACUCAUUGGUAACUGUGUCAUUAGCAAGUGUUGCUUCACUGUUCCUUCUCUCUAAGAGCAAAGGUUUUGUUGGACUAUGGAUUGCACUAACCAUAUAUAUGAGUCUUCGCAUGUUUGCUGGUGUAUGGAGGAUGGGAACAGGAACAGGACCAUGGCGUUUUCUGAGAGGACGACGUUGAAUAAUGUAUUGAUGAUGCAAUCUAACAAAAGAAAUUGGGAAGAAAAUGAUGUUGUUUUGUAUCAGUUUUUUUCUGUUCUCUACUGUGCUUAUAUAGUUUUAUUAAUAUAUUCUAUAUUGAAUACCCCA